UCAGAACUUGAAAAAUGUCGGAAAUCUCACACGAAAUAUCGGAACCUUCCGAUAAUAAAGCUAAAGAAACCGUUGAAUCAUCGGAACUGGACCUCAAAAGCGUGCGCACCACCAAACCUGGGAAGAAGCGGCUUUUCCUGACACUAUCCGUCCUAUUCUCCUUCCUCCUAGGUUUUCCGUUCUUAUGGAAAUCGGUGGAAAUCUACCGCUCCUCGCUUCCAUUUACCGAAAUAUCGGAAAUGGAAUCAAAUCCAUCUUUGUUAUUCCCAUGCCGGUUUCAAGCUAUACUUUUGAACUUCAAUUCAAAUCUCAAUCCUAACCAUCUCCAACUUUCGAUUCUUAACCAAAUUACCAAACUCACCUCCAACCCCUCCCAAUGCGGUUCCUGUACUAAUAACCUCAGCCUCUCUGUCACCGUUGACUCCAAUUCUCAGUGUGUUCAAACAAAUUUAACUGAUGAUCUCUACCGAUGUGGCACCAUCAAUGUCGUCGAUUUCGAUAGUAACGGGAAACAUAAGAAUGAUGAAGAUGUUGAUGAGUUUUUGGAGUCGGUUCUGAAAAGGAAGAAUGUUUAUAGUAUGGUGGUGGUGAAUGGGGAUGGAGUUGGAGAGGGAGUUAGGGCAGUGGUGGGGAAGUAUAGACAUGGGUGGAUUGUUGGGAGGGUUGAUGAGGAGGAGGCAGAAGUUGUGUCGAAAGUUGCGGAGAUAUUUGUGAAGGUGUUUGUGAAUGGAGGGAGGGAGAAAGGGUUGAUUCACGAGGAGUUUAUGCCAGUGGGUGCUGAUGGCAGGAUUGUGCUUUCAUUUAAUUUGCUCAAUGCUGAACCCAAUGAUUGGGUUUAUGAUUGGGAUUUCCAAAGAAUAGAGGAAACUCUGUUGACCCCUAUAAUUGAAGUUUUGGGACCCAUUGCGAACAUAGGUGUAGAAAGUCAGGUUUUAUACCAUACACCAAAAUCGUCAUUUUCAUAUUGGGAUGAAAAGAAGAAGAGCUACAUCUUUAAUACUAAGGAUCUUCCUUUCUUUGUAAAUUCAAAUGAGUGGCAUCUAGAUACCUCAAUUGCAGCUGGCGGGCGAUCAAAGAUAUUGCAAUUUGUGGUAUAUAUACCAUCUGCAAAGGAGUGCCCUCUUCUCUUACAGCUUCCAAAUGGAGAAAUUUCUAGUACAAAUGGUUUUAUAUCCCCAAUGUGGGGAGGUGUUAUUGUCUGGAACCCUCAAAGCUGUUUAAAAGAUUCUGAAAGUAAGCAUACUGCCAGGCAUAAAAUGUCCCCUGAGGAUCUUCGGGAGGUAUUUGAAGUUUUCAUGGGGCAGUUCCGGCAGCUUUUUGGUCUUAAAUCUGACAACCUGUAUGUAGGUGCAUCAGACAAGUUUCACCUUUUACCCAGUGAAAGAGGCUUCACAGAAUGGGAAUUGGAUGUCCUGUCACGGCAGCAUUCAUGCUUUAAUCUUCAUUCAUGUGCCACAACACUUGGGUCCCUUUCUAGAUUGGUUCAAUCACUUCCAAGGAUGAUUAUUAUGGAUGAAAUAGGAAAACAGGUUAAAUUUUCUCUCAAGGCAGCAAAACUGGCUCAGAAUAAUGCCUCUUUAGGGGUUUAUGAAGCUUCAGCCAUUUCUUCAAGGGAAGCAAGGUCUCUGGCAGAGGAUGCUUUUUUUCACCCGUCUAUUAUGUCCGUCAGUUACUACUCAUUUGAGCACUGUUUUGCAGUCUACUCGCCCUUCUUUUUGCCAGUUUCGAUGCAUAUUCUCCUUGCUGCCCUGAGAGAAUGGAAAAGAUACAAGCAAGAAAAGGCCAAGUACUUGGCAUGGAAAGCCAAAGAAAAGGCAGUGUCUUAAUCAUUUCCUUGAGCUUUUAACUGGAGAAAUAGAUGUCUUAUCGUGAAACAAACUGAAUUCAGUCAGCAGCCAUGUAAUUUCACAUGAGAAAUUUUUUCAACGAUUUGAUGAUGUUGAUAAAUUGCUGGUAGACUUGAGAGUGUACCAAGUUUUGAAAUAGUGCGCCUGGGUAGUUGUUUACAUUUUUAUGGAGUAAAUUUAUCCCAGUAUGUCCAAUUU